UUAGUGGUUGCUUGUGUUCGAGACGCCCGACACAAGAAAUUGAGCUUUUCAAGAUGCAAGCUAUUCAAGACCUUGAGACCCGAACCUUGGUUUCGCCGUCCCUUCUCAUUCGUUGCAAUAAUCCUGAUGUGGCCAUGUAACGAGAAGGCCUUCCAUAGAGUAACACGAACGGUCGAUGGCCUCUAGCACUACACAAAUGAUUUAUUCCACAUUGAUCCUUCAUCUCACAAUUUGAAACAUGUCUUUCCUGCAACUUUUUAUCAUCGCUCUUGUCAUCCAUUCCCAUAACGCCAUGGGGUCGUCUUUCCAACCUUACAUUCUUGCCGAGAAGAACUCCAACUUGGACGAGAAAAGCGUGCAGGACCAGUUGAAGCACGCUGGUUUUGAAGUAUUGGGGACAACUUAUCCGGCCAAGGGAUACACAACCGUCACCUUUUCACAUCCCGACCUUAAGAAAGAAGCCGCCAAGGCGGUCGUCCCACUCGGUGCGGUCUUACGCGCUUCGCUCGUCCAGACCAAGGCUGGUACAGAGGUGUCGUACUGUUCGCCGCACUGGUGGGCUUACGCUACCCGAUUGGCCGGCUCGUCAUCUGACAAGCUCGCUAGGAAAUUAGCGGAUACUUUCGGCAAUGAAUCAUCAUUUGGAUGUGCCAAGGGGCGUACCGAGUCCAAGCUACGUAAUUUCAAUUAUGCGAUGGGCAUGCCGCGUGUCUCGGAUGUCGACGUAUUGAGCACCUUCGACAGCCAAUUGGAAGCAAUUUUAGCUUUGAAUCAAAAUAUAAAGUCUUCUCCACAUAUGGACAUUGUAUAUUCUUUGGACAUUGACAAGAAAACCCGUUUGAUUGGCGUACAUUUGAAGGAUGGGAAGGGUUCCGACGAAACGGUCAUCGGUGUGGCCGAUGCCUUGUCCAAUCCCAAACAGGGCGGUCUAUACGGUCCCUACGAAAUAUAUAUUCAGAACGGAAAAGUCAUGGCUCCUCGUGGUCGCUUCCGAAUUGCAGUGGCUUUUCCCGAUUUGUCGAUGAGUACCUUCAUGAAGAUCGUCGCAGCACCCGGUGCUAUUUUGGAUGCUUUCAAAUCUGUAGCAGACAAAAAGGCCAUUGCCGUCAAGUGAUAGCUACCUGGUCGGACUUUAGAAGAAUAAUAUAAGAUAUCAAUAACAUAUUGACUGUGAAGU